UGCGGGUUAGAUUAUUUAUGUUGCAUACACGACUUGCAAAGGGACGCAACCGAACUAACCGGCAGAAUUACUAGUCUGAAUGACGCACGGCUGUAACAUGACUUCCUUUUCUGAUCGGAAUGAUUGAGUCACAGCCAGCCGACGCCAUGUUACCACCAUAUCCGCAGGCACAUCAAGUUGUGUAAAGACCCGGCAGCUCUCUUCGAUAACUACAGGGUUACAAAGUACACUGUGUCAAGUGUAAAGGCUCCACAACCAGCCUAGGAAGAUAUCUGAAAGAAGCGAUUCAACGUAUCUACAUUUUAUUGCUGUUGGAAACAGUAUCUCGGUACGAGGCAUAUUUCAUGAUACGGUCUGAUAACUACCGCAUUGUAUUGACGAGUCGAGAUAUCAUACAUGAAGCAGCGAGGAUGGGUGGUGUGAAAAUGAUAUUGAUUCUAUGGCUCCCUCCAAUUGCAUGUAGAUAUAGGACGGAAAUAUCAAGCGAUGUUGUUCCCCGACCAACAUUUAGUCAUCAAUUGAUCGAUACAGAUGUCCUACAUUCUCUGCUGAUCAACCACAAAUCCCCUGCUGAUAUACUGAGUCCGCCCUUGAAUGACAUGACCACAGAUUCAACAUUUGUAAAUGUGUCUGAAGCAGGAGGAUAUAUUUACCCCACUCUGAAAGAUCUCUGGUCUGUUGUGACUCUUACACAAUGUGACCUGGCUAGUAAAUGCAACCUGUCUCAGUCAAAAUCAGGAUCUUUUCAGGACUGCAGUGUUGUCGAUGCAAAUAAUCCAUUGUUACAACGUAGCAAUACAGUAGGUGAAAUGGAAUCAUGUGUCAGCACGUCUCAUGUUGCCAUGAUGUAUGUACAUAAAAUGUGUAUAUUGCUGGUGUCAGAGGAAGUCUGGCAAAAAGCCAGUGCACUUGUAGGUAGCUUUAUCGUUCUAGAUGUAUGCAGCAGAAAUAGAAAUGGCGGUGACCAUAUCAAUGACAAAACAACUCAUACAUCAUUUAUUGAGAGCAAUAUUUUCAAGCUGGUCUGUUCAUAUACGCGCCCAGUGUUUAGUUGUGUGUUAAACAUGGACUGGAACACAAUACAACGUCAUAUAUUCAGGACUUGGCACUUGCGAGAAUUGAAUCUAGGACUAUCUGACUUUGUAAAUCUUGGAGAAACUCAUUAUGGCACUCAUGUUCUCCAAUGGAUAUUGGAAUGUAGUCAAAACACACAAACAUUGAACACACAGGAAUAUGAAUAUGGUUUGAACGUCCAUGUGUCUGAAAUACCAGCUGAUGCAUGUGAAGUUCAACCUCGUGGAGAUUUGCAUCAUCUGAUACCUACACCUUCGCACAUUACAAACGUAUCACAUAUGAUGCAAAUUAGUGAAGAUAAUAUUUUGCAAAAACAGAUUACUGGCGAAAGCAUAUCAUACAAUGAUGAUAUAUGUAAUGAUGAUGAUACAGAGAAGCAUAAUAGGCGUCUGUCUACAGCAGAUAGGAGGGAACACAAACUUGUUUUACAUACGGUGGAUCAACUGAGUUCCUUGCAUAUUUAUAGUGAGAAUAGUCAUGAUUUGUCUGUAACACUGGAAGAGGACUUACCUUCCAUUUUUGACAAAAGAGAGGCGUUUAACCUUUUUCAAAAAAUGACUGACAAAAGAUCCCAGUAUACUUGCCCAUCAUUUCAGCAGAAAUCAGAGGAAGAGUUGAAACACAUUGAUAAAGAUGCAUUGUACGGAGAUGGAUUUACAAGAUAUAUAAACACAUGGCAAGAAGUAACAGUUGCACCCUUCUAUUCCCUACGACAAUACUUCAGAAAAUUGGAAACCGGGGAGGAUUUCCUUCAAGAUGAAAAGAUGAUAUAUGAAGCAUUGCGACUGGGAUCAUUCUGUGGUAUUAACAUAAAUGCAUUUUGCAUCCAUCUGGCUGCAGCGGGGUUCUACGCCACAGGAGACGGGGAUGAAACCAGAUGCUUUAGUUGCGGCAUCAGGCACAGGGGCUGGCAACAGAAGGACAAUCCGUUCUUCCUCCAUAGACAGAUCGCUCCCUCAUGUGCCCAUAUCACUGGAGCUGACGGGAGGAAUGUCCCUAUCAACCCAAACUCUGAGUCACAUCCAUCUUCGUGUUCAGUCCAAUCGGCUGAAGCUCCCCAUGUUGCUGGAGGUGACGGAGGGUUUGCAUUUGGUGCUAACACCGACGAGGUCAUGAAUGGCCCGUCACAAAUAUCAGAAAGAUACGAAACCAUGUCAACAGUCGGUCAGGUAAGCUGUGAUGGUGGGAGUAAGGGAGCAUCAUCAUCACCAGUCUCCCUCAGCCAUCCCGACAGGGUGGAUGCAGAUGCAGAUGCAGGACACACAAGACAGUAUCGCGCAGCAUGCAUCCUGAGGUUCGAUGAUGCCGUUUAUCCACACUACAGCGACAAUAAGGUCCGGAUGACAUCUUUCCAGAUGUGGCCUGAACAUCAUUGCAUGAAGCCCGAAGAGCUUGUCCCGGUCGGUUUCUUUUAUGCAGGUUACGCCGACUGUGUUCGCUGUUUUGUCUGCGGUGUUGGUCUGAAGACGUGGGAAGAGGGGGAUGACCCCUGGGUGGAGCACGUGCGCUGGAGGUCAUCUUGUGCAUACGUGAAGGCCAUCAAGGGGGAUGAGUUUAUUGCACAGACACUGGCAGGUGUUGGGCAGAAAUUACAGACUGAGCGGACGGGAGCCAAUAUUCCAGCUACAGGUGCCGAGGGUGUGGUUAGGAAUGACGCUGGUGAUGUCCUUGAACGGGAGGCGUGUCAGCGCGCCCUGGAGAUGGGCUACAGCAGAGACUGUGUCAGACAAAAUGCUCUGGACAUUCUCAGGAACCAGGGCAAUGAUUCCUUGAAGUUACAUGUCCUGGUAGAACGGAUCUUACAAGAAGAUCUGGAGAUAUCAGAAGCAGCGUCUGCAACAACAACGCAGACCUCAUCAGCGGGACUGCCACAUACAAAGUCACACAGCCUACUAGCACCUGGAGAGCAACAUGGCAGAUCAGCAGGACUACUACAAGGAGAUACAUACACGGGUAUCCUAUUUGGACAGCAGCCCGUAUUGGGUCAGAUAGUGUCGGAUGGGGAAGACGAAGGAUACGGGGAUACGGAUGAGCCAACAUCGCUUUCAGACAGGAACAGCAUUCACAGAUCAAGGAUGCCAAAGGUUAAAGCCAAAAAUAAAGCCAAGGAAGAAUUAGAAGCCACAGAGGAAGAGACACAACAGCUACGAGAGUCAAGUGCAUGUAAGAUCUGUCUGGAGGACCCUGCCAACAUCGUCUUUCUACCCUGUGGGCAUCUGGUGGCUUGUGCCGUGUGCGCCCCAGCCCUGGAACGUUGCCCAGUCUGCAGGACACACAUCCGGGGAUCUGUUCGUGUUCACCUUGCUGACAUGGCUUCAGUAUCCUCGCCGUAACAUACCUCACAUUGCAGUUUAACCGCUGUUCUUUGUUUGGUGUGACAGAGUGGUUCAGCAUGUGUGAAUCUGUUGAGAGUAAGUAUGUUAAAUGCGAUAUUUGACAUGUUCAUCCUGUAACUAUCAAUGAGUAAGUAAGUGAGUGAUUAGGGUUUUCCGCUGCUUUUAGCACAUUCAUGUUCCAGAUAUAUCACCAGGAACACUGCAAAUGGGCUUCAGAUGUUGUCUUACACCACACAACUGACCCACGAUUCAUCCAUAUAUCUGUGGGAAUUUGAGCGUAAAUUUAUUUGUUCAUAACUUGUUUUCUUUUCAGAACUGCAAAUUGGUAGCCACCUCAUGUAUGUUAACUCACAAACGGAAAAUAUCUUAUAUUAACUAAUGAAUUAUUCAGGUUUACCUCAUUGUCAAAGCCAAACUAAGAUAAUCUAUGUUUGUUCUCAGCAAAACUAACUAUUUCUCUCAUCAUGUCCAAAGAUAAUGUUUGUCAUAAGAUGUUUCUAUAUCCAUAUUAAUCCCAUAAAGGAAGAUACUGGAGCAUGUAUUGGAAAGAGAGUUAUGUUUUAACUUUCAGUUGUAAGGAGGUAUAUCUGUAAUCGAGACAAUAUAAUUUCAUUUGUAAUUCCUGCAUUCCAGUUAGCUGAAUUGGUCACGUACUAUUGCAUUCAUUUCCCAAACAUUUACAACUCUAUAAAUGUCACUAUAAUAAUGAGUUUAUUGUCUCCAUGUUAGUCAUCACGUCGUGAUUUAAGUGCACCGCUAAUAUAAGACCCAAAUCACUCACUCAAACCAAAUUUAAUGAACGAAAAAACAAACCAACCCAAAAACAACAAGAAAUGAAUCCACGAACGAACUGUUUGCGGGCGGGCGAACGAACAAACGAUUAAAAGUGUUAUAAACUCUUUUACCUAGCUCCUGGAUUCAGGUAAUCAUAUAAUAUAUGUAGUUGCACAUUUGAAAUGUUAGAAAAUAUGAAUUCACAAAAUUUAGAUAAAUAUUUGAAUGGGUAAUUGUGUGGUUAAAAUGAUCAACAUGAGGUGAAGGACGCAAACUUAUACAAGGCUCUAGUCAUCUGAUUAACCUCUUCUAUGCCUAACCUAUUGAGCAUCAGUAUAUAAGCAAUACUGAUUCUAAUAAGGGCACGGGUGUCAGUUUUGUAAUUCAACAAAUCAAAUGUAUCUCUUCAUGACUGUACGAUCCAAGGUAGUGGUGGUCAAGCUGUCUCCCACUCUGAUAACCUACUUGUCAGACAUGUCACAUUGACAUGCAAAUAGAUGAGUAAAAGAUCAGAAGCUGCACCGAUCACUUGUAUAUAUUAUUCGUUUUUUUAUGAACUACUGCAUGUGCGAUGUGUAUGAAAUAUACCCACAUAAUUGCGAAUAUAGAAAAUGUUUGCAAUGUUUUUUAAAUCAAUGAUAAUGAAUCGAAAGCCUAACAUUAAAACAAAGCUUGGUUCAGGAACAUGCAUGUCAUCAUUAAUGCUUUUAAAACCAGCUGAUAAUAUACAGAUGAAUUUGUUAUCGUUAUUGCUACAGUAUCAAAUACCGUCCACGCUACAAAUAUUCUCUUUGGCAAAGGAAAGAAGGUCCGAUAUGUCAAUCACACAAGUUAUAUAUCAUAAUUAAGUCUGCUGUCUGCCUGUACUCCACGCUUCUCCCUGUAAAGUGUGGUUUACAGGUUACCGUGACCUGAUAGAUACCGAUUUAGUGACAUAUAUUGAAAUCUGGGAGAAUUGCAAUCAUAUCUAAAAAUGGAAGCGAAAAUAGACAUGUGAACACAUUUCCAUUGUAUGUGUACGUGCUAGGUUAUAUGGUCCAUGUAGGAUAGUAAUCACAAAACGAAACUAGCUGUGGCAGAAAAUACCCGGACAGGUAGAUUAUAUAUAGCAAUGACGGAAUAACGUGGAUACAAUCUGCGCAGUCAACCCGUAAAGCCAGCAUCCUUUGUAUGGGCUUAUAAAAUAAGUAAUAUUUGUGGAUGGACACCAACCUGAACAUAAUCCGAAACCAACUAGGACAUAUGCCAAUCAGUUGACAUUCCUCAUGCCGGAGAUAAGGAUCAUCAGUAGAGUCCCAGUCCAAAGCCUGGCAUCCGCAGUGAUAGCAAGUCAGACCGGUCCCCUUACCUGGUGGGAAGGACACAUGGGAAAACUACAGAUAAAAGCAAACAGAUGAGUCCGACCUCAGUACCUGGAGUGGAAGGAAGCAUGAGAACACUGCGGACAGAAGCAAGCAGAUGAGACCAGCCUCUGCACGUGGAGUGGGAGAAAGCAUGAGAACACUGCGGACAGAAGCAAGGAGAUGAGACCGGCCUUCGUACCUGGAGUGGAAGGAAGCAUGAGAACACUGCGGACAGAAGUAAGCAGAUGACACCCUCCUCCGUACCUGGAGUGGAAGGAAGCAUGAGAACAAUACAGACAGAAGCAAGUAGGUGAGACCAGCCUGUGCACGUGGAGUGGGAGGAAGCAUGAGAACACUGCGGACAAGAGCAAGCAGAUGAGACCGGCCUCCGUACCUGGAGUGGAAGGAAGCAUGAGAACAUUACAGACAGAAGCAAGCAGAUGAGACCCGCCUCUGCACGUGGAGUGGAAGGAAGCAUGAGAACACUGAGGACAAGAGCAAGCAGAUGAGACCGGCCUUCGUACCUGGAGUGGAAGGAAGCAUGAGAACACUGCGGACAGAAGUAAGCAGAUGACACCCUCCUCCGUACCUGGAGUGGAAGGGAGCAUGAGAACACUGCGGACAGAAGUAAGCAGAUGAGACCCGCCUCUGCACGUGGAGCGGGAGGAAGCAUGAGAACACUGCGGACAAGAGCAAGCAGAUGAGACUGGCCUCCGUAUCUCGAGUGGAAGGAAGCAUGAGAACAAUGCAGACAGAAGUAAGCAGAUGACACCCUCCUCCGUACCUGGAGUGGAAGGAAGCAUGAGAACAAUACAGACAGAAGCAAGCAGAUGAGACCGGCCUUCGUACCUGGAGUGGAAGGGAGCAUGAGAACACUGCGGACAGAAGUAAGCAGAUGAGACCGGCCUCCGUACCUGGAGUGGAAGGAAGCAUGAGAACAAUACAGACAGAAGCAAGCAGAUGAGACCGGCCUCCGUACCUGGAGUGGAAGGAAGCAUGAGAACAAUGCAGACAGAAGCCAACAGAUGAGACCGGCCUCCGUACCUGGAGUGGAAGGAAGCAUGAGAACACUGCGGACAGAAGUAAGCAGAUGGCACCCUCCUCCGUACCUGGAGUGGAAGGAAGCAUGAGAACAAUACAGACAGAAGCAGGCAGUUGAGACCGGCCUCCGUACCUGGAGUGGAAGGAAGCAUGAGAACAAUACAGACAGAAGCAAGUAGGUGAGACCAGCCUCUGCACGUGGAGUGGGAGGAAGCAUGAGAACACUGCGGAUAAGAGCAAGCAGAUGAGACCGGCCUCCGUAUCUCGAGUGGAAGGAAGCAUGAGAACAAUACAGACAGAAGCAAGUAGGUGAGACCAGCCUGUGCACGUGGAGUGGGAGGAAGCAUGAGAACACUGCGGACAAGAGCAAGCAGAUGAGACCGGCCUCCGUACCUGGAGUGGAAGGAAGCAUGAGAACAUUACAGACAGAAGCAAGCAGAUGAGACCCGCCUCUGCACGUGGAGUGGAAGGAAGCAUGAGAACACUGAGGACAAGAGCAAGCAGAUGAGACCGGCCUUCGUACCUGGAGUGGAAGGAAGCAUGAGAACACUGCGGACAGAAGUAAGCAGAUGACACCCUCCUCCGUACCUGGAGUGGAAGGGAGCAUGAGAACACUGCGGACAGAAGUAAGCAGAUGAGACCCGCCUCUGCACGUGGAGCGGGAGGAAGCAUGAGAACACUGCGGACAAGAGCAAGCAGAUGAGACUGGCCUCCGUAUCUCGAGUGGAAGGAAGCAUGAGAACAAUGCAGACAGAAGUAAGCAGAUGACACCCUCCUCCGUACCUGGAGUGGAAGGAAGCAUGAGAACAAUACAGACAGAAGCAAGCAGAUGAGACCGGCCUUCGUACCUGGAGUGGAAGGGAGCAUGAGAACACUGCGGACAGAAGUAAGCAGAUGAGACCGGCCUCCGUACCUGGAGUGGAAGGAAGCAUGAGAACAAUACAGACAGAAGCAAGCAGAUGAGACCGGCCUCCGUACCUAGAGUGGAAGGAAGCAUGAGAACAAUGCAGACAGAAGCCAACAGAUGAGACCGGCCUCCGUACCUGGAGUGGAAGGAAGCAUGAGAACACUGCGGACAGAAGUAAGCAGAUGACACCCUCCUCCGUACCUGGAGUGGAAGGAAGCAUGAGAACAAUACAGACAGAAGCAGGCAGUUGAGACCGGCCUCCGUACCUGGAGUGGAAGGAAGCAUGAGAACAAUACAGACAGAAGCAAGUAGGUGAGACCAGCCUCUGCACGUGGAGUGGGAGGAAGCAUGAGAACACUGCGGACAAGAGCAAGCAGAUGAGACCGGCCUCCGUAUCUCGAGUGGAAGGAAGCAUGAGAACAAUGCAGACAGAAGCCAACAGAUGAGACCGGCCUUCGUACCUGGAGUGGGAGGAAACAUGAGAAGAAUGCAGACAGCGCGCAGCGCAGACCUGGGUCAUCCAAACACGAGGGUACCUGGAGGGACGCUGGGAUAUCAGUGCCACCAUCUCCUGUAGGUUCAUCUGGUGACUCGGUCUCAUCCCCGCCAAGACUUGGGAGAUGAUCUCACGCCAAUCACGAGUGAAGGCGCGAGGAAUUGAGCAAAAUCGUAAGGUUUCGUGAUUCAACAAUGAACAGAUCCACUGGCAGACAUCAGAGUUAUGAAUGCGAAGAUGUUGGAGGGAUUCUCAGCGAUUUUAUGAACGCAAAACUGCAGGAACCGUACGCCCACUGCAACGUGGAAUGCAUCGGAUUGACGCUGAGACAGAAGAUGCUGCUGUUAUACCAACCACCAACAUCCAAACCGCAACAUCGUCGUCUGUGGAAUACAGAGGACAGACUCGACACACUGAUGGCAGCUACAGACAAUAUUGCUGACAUUCCUGCUGCUGGACUCGCUACCAUUGCUCAAGCAGGCUUCUUCCACUCAGGGACUGAUAACACCUUGACGUGUUUCUCCUGUGGCUGCCACGCCCACGGUUGGAGUGUUGACGAUGAUCCCUGGAGGCGACAUGCGGAGCUGCAGAUGACGUGCCCGGUGUUGUGCAGGAACGUCUACACACAAAUCAAGGAAGGGAGCAUCGCCUACAGGCCCAGGACACGCCAUUUCUCGGAUAGUGGCGCAAGUCCACCACCUGCCAGCUAUACCAGAACUCUUCACUAGUCAACAUCUGGAAUAUCAUAACCAACAAUUGCAUAUAACCUUCUUUAUUCUGGUUAUGUUUCUUCAAAACUUGAUCAAGAUCACAUUUCUCACAAAAUUAUAUACACAACAAUCCUAUUCAGUACAAAACACCUGUACUUUCUUAUGUCAUCAAUGCUGAUGAAAAUGUUUGAAUUAUUGUGAUCGUUUAUAUAUUGAUUUCUGUCAAAAUACUAACUCCUAUUUCUCAGGCGUUCAUUUAUGAGGAUUGUUCAUGUCAAUGUACAUGUUGUAUGUGUAGGGGAUAUCAGUGAUAUGUGUGGAGACAGAGGUCUGCAAAGAGUCAUCUGAAUACUGAAUGAAAUCUAAUACAAGUGAGCAAACUAAUGUAUAUGUACAUGACCUGUAUUCAAACUCGAAUGCAUAUUGCCACUGGUUCCACACAUAUUUGUGUGAUGACUUAAUUUAUGAACACGAUACACCCCCACAUAUUUCGUGUACAAUGCUUUAGGGAAUGACGACCAACAUAGGUAGUCCAGAAGCUGGUAUCUAACAUGACCAUUUUAAGGUGAAUACACAUUUCAGUAGUCUUGAGAGAGAGAAAUUUUCAUGCUGUCGCGUCAAACCACAUUCAUUCAUUUAUUGCAAUUCUACAAAAAUACUUUUGAGAUACAGAAUGGAUGCAAGAACAUAUGAAUAUUUGGAUUUUUAAUGCACAAACAGUAUAUAUAGUGAAAUGCAUCUAUUCCUAAAAAAUAGACUGAACGGUAGGGACAUGUUUUUUACCAGGUUUUGAUGAGAUGUUACCCGGUUGGUCCGAUCCUUGAGAUGAACGAAGAUCAUUCUAGGUGACAUUUUAAUGCCUGAAUGGAAAACACAUUUCUAUCAUUAUUUGUGAUGCAAAACAACGAAACCCGACAUUUUAAGAAUAACUCACUGACUGUGACAGUUUAUAUAAUUUCAUAUAUAUUUUUUAUUCAUUAAUAAAACUGAACAAAUUUUAAACUUUGAAGUGAAAUUGGUUCCUUGUUAAUAAAAUAUUGUACUUAUAGCAAAAUAUGUUGACAAAUACGAAACUCACUUUACAGAAAUUGAAGAAAUAAAACAAAUUUGUAAUUGAAUAAGUGGAUUUACGGGUUACAAUUGACAAAUGAAUCACUAUGAAUCUAAUUAAAUUUCUAAAACAAUUUCGGAAUAAAUGAUAUAUUGCAGCUUGUGUCCUCGUUUCCUUCUAUGACAAUUGUUACCGAAACAUCCGUGACGUCAGAUUCUAUAUUUAGUACAUACGUGUUCACGGAAAAUAGAUAGAUUCCAUGUUGGUGAGAGACGUGACGUGGAUCCAUGUACACCUGCGUAUAACAUAGUGGUAGUGUGUGGGAGCAUCACAUCCACCAAACACUCACGUCGUCAAGAUGCUGUCCGCACUGUUGCUGGUUGUUCUCGGGCUGUACACAGGUGUAGGAGAGGAUGGGUCCACACAAAAAGCAGCCGGCCACAAACCCAAAGGGGGAUCACAGAGAUCACACUCCCGGAAGUGGGGAAAGUGUAGGCGGUGCAAGGUGCGCAAUGUCAACACAGUGUUCCUGCCGUGCGGUCACGUGGUGUGUUGUGCUGAGUGCAGCGUCGUCUCCAGGACGUGUGACGUAUGCCAUGCACGAAUCAGAGGCAGUCUCAGAACCAGCCCAUUACAUGGGGAUUAAUAUGUCAUUUAAAAUAUGAUAUGUAUGGUGCUACAAUUGAACAGUCUAGUAUUUACUCUGGUUUCCUUUCGAAAUAAUAUACAUUCAUACAAAUCCAAAAUGUAUGCAUUGAAUGCAGAUGUGAGAUGUAUUUAAACAUUUUUAAUGUUUAGUGUAUUCAUUAUAUUAAGUUGAUAUAUUGAUUGAGAAAAUAUAUGUUAUGGUUACUUAACUGUAGAUAAUAAAAUACUGUACAGAUUAACUAA